AGAUCGACGUACAAUCAAACACCAAUCUCAUUUAGGAGCACUUCCAAAACAAAACAAAAAAUGCGAAUUUCGAAUGGAGCCCUACUGUUUUCCACUCUUCAGUACGGAUAAGCGUGAGAUAAGCAUCAUGAGUUUAAAGACUUUUAGAGGUCGUUAAAAGGAACAACCGAAAUUCUCCUUUGAAGGGAUUUAGCCCCAGUGAAAGCCUUUGGAUCACAGCUGUCAAUCAACCACCAUGGCACCGCCCACUGGUGCGGCUCCGCCUAUAAAGAGCGCCCGUGAACUCGACGGAGUGUCAUUCAUACACCAAAGCUCAGGGAGUAAGGAUGCCUGCUUCUCCAACGGGGUUUGGAAACUUCUUCAUGGACAGGAACAUCAACAUGCCCGCUGGAUAUCAAUUAUUGGGCUGCCCGCCUGGAAUGCAACAGCUACCGCCACAUCUUGUGGGAAUGGCUGGGGUUCCCUUACCUUUCUCAGGAAUACCGGGGUACAGUUUCAUCCCUUAUCCUCAUCCGGGACACAUGGCACACAUUAGCAAUUCCUAUGACCUCAAGGCUGCAUCUCCGUAUCACCAAGCUCUCUUCGGACGUGGAGGACCCUAUUACACUCCAUAUCGUCCCAUGCCAGCUGAUGACCCGAGUAGGGUCACCAAAGUGGCCACUAGAGAGAGCACCAGCGCUUUGAAGGCCUGGCUCAGCGAGCACCUUAAAAACCCAUAUCCCACCAAAGGCGAGAAGAUCAUGCUCGCCAUCGUCACCAAGAUGAGCCUCACGCAGGUGUCGACGUGGUUCGCCAACGCCCGGCGCCGCCUCAAGAAAGAGAACCGGGUCAGCUGGGCCUCCAAAGGAAAGUCCGACGAGGAGGAUGAGGAAGAGGAGGGUGAGAGCGAAGAGGAGGGGUCUUUGAGGAAAGGCACGGAGGACGAAGAUGAAAUCGAUCCUCAAACGGUUGAUGAUGAUGAUGAUGAGGAGGAGGAGGAUGUCGCGGGGUCAAAGUCGGUCGAGGACCGUUUAGCGGAAGGACUUGAUCAGCAAAAGGAAAGUGACAAGUCUGACACGUCGUGUGAGAGCAAAAAAGAGGUGUGUAAACAAAACGUCGAUGUCCAGAAACCUAAAAUCUGGUCUCUCGCGGAAACCGCGACUUCAGAUAUCGUCAAGAAACCCAGCGAUCUGAAACAUCUUCACAGUCCAGACUUUGGGAAGUGGUGGGCUGGAUGGCCUUCAAGGGACUCCUACUCGCCUGUAAACCUCUCCACACAUGACCUGCCCAAACAAAGUCAAUGAAACUGUUCAUCCAAGAGACUAUAGACUGAAUUUUGCACUUUGAAAACCAUUGGGAACGUUUUGUUGUGGAAGUUUGCAUAGGCUACAAGAUUUAAUCCAAAGGAUGCGUAUUGUGUAAAUA